GUGAAUAUGUGUUUUGUGGUAAAGCCUUGUUUGAUCUGAUGAAAUCUGGGUAAAUAAGCACAUAGUCAUGCGUCACUCCUUUUGAAACGUGUUUCAUGGUUCUCAUGGCAGCCCUCCGCUUUUGGUGUUUAAACAUUGAAGCGUGUGGAGCUGCGUCAACCGAGCUCCUCCACAGAGUGGUUCUCCUAUAUCCCCCCUACACUUGAAUGUGGAUGGAACAAUCCUCAUUGCAGGGUGUGGAUCCAGUGCCGGCCAGAGAGGCUCGACAACAAGGAGUAAUAACGGGCAAGCAGCGAGUAUGACUUGAGACUGGGUGGAAAAGAACGACUUCAUACAGGGAAAAAAAAAAAAUAUCAAGGAGAAGCUUUAAAACGAAAGGAGCGUUACGGUUGAGGGUUGAUAUCCAAAAGUGGGAGUUACGAGGGCAAAUGAAUCUGUGAAAGCGCACGCGGAAGCCCAACUAAACUGCACGGAAUUGCGAUCGCGGUGACAGCUCAGGAUGGAAGUAACGUCAAUUUUUUUGCCAGCUGAUGUUCUUCACGAAAAAAGCUUGGUGACGCUUUGAAUUCUAUUUUUAUGGUCGAAGGAAAGUUGCAAAUUGUCAGUCGCGAACUUAACAGUGAUCUGUUGUUCUUUGAGGCGACUUGACAGCGCACGGUUGGACAACAGCGCGAGCGCCCACCAUUAAAAUCCUAACUUUUGAGUGAACUGGACGUUUGGAUUGUUUGGACUUAUUUCUGGAUAUCUUUUUCAUUUUAUUUUUAAAUGCCAAGCACAUUCGCGCAACCGAAACGUCUCUUUGCAGAACUGAAGAGGUUGAGCGAUGGGAAUCGCAGUCUCCGUGUUACCUGUCUAUUCGUUUGACGUUCGCGCUCUAUAAUUGAGACUAAAUUCUGUUCUCACCCACAUUGUAUUGUGAAAAAGUAUCAUAUAGUGAAAUCGGCAAGUUUUUAUUCCCUUCUCCAGUAGUUGUACAUUUUUUGUGCCUGUAACUUGCACUUCAGCACUUUGACUCGUUGUAGUUAUUUGUGCUUGCACGUGUUUGUUUUGAUCCUGCAGCCCACGAAAACAUUUAUCACAAGCUAUAGAUUGUUGUCACCCAUGUCUUGAGCUUCUGGCACCCUCCUCCCCCCUUUUUUGUUUGACUUGCCAGCUAAUAAGGUCGCUGGUACACCUGCAGACUUUGCCAGUUAAAUUCAAGGGAGAAGGGUAACUAUUUUUUCCCAUAAGGAAAUCACUGACACCUUUCUUACCUGGAGCUGCAUUUUUUGCCUAUCAGGAUUGAGAUUGUAACUGAGGAAAGUGGCAACACAACCAUUGUUUCCAAACGCACCUGCCUUUUUUGACUAAUUUAAGCUACUGUAGGAUACCUAGACAGAAUAUAAGAAACGCCUGCUAUUUUUAGCAAGAGUGAUGGGGUAAAUGGUGUUGAAAAUUGAGACCCCCACCCACACCCUUAAGGCUACCAACACUUCCAGGUUUAGCUCUGGUUUCCUUGUCAGCUGCUGAAUUAUCUGGAUUGGAAAAUUGAAGUGGGGGGUCCUGUCUCAACAAGGAUCUCAAUCUUAUCCCACUCUUGUGAACAGUUUCUCCAAAAGUUAUUGAUAUUUUAUCAUAUGGAAUCCACUCUGUAUUGUGCGACAAUGAAUCUAGAUACAGUACAAGUAAAGCAAACUUUAGUAACCAAAUAAGCUCAUCCCCAUAUAAACAGAGAAAUAUAUCUUUAUGUGUGUGUGUUGCAGAGUAUAUAUAUAGCUCUAUAAAGUAUAUACAUAGUUUGAAUAUGUAUAUUUUUAUGCCAAAAGUGAGCAUUGUUGCCUGAAACCCAAUCCAUUGCCUUAGAAUAUUAUAGUAAUAAAGGGAAUAGCAAGGACAGAAAUGAAACGGUGUUUGAAAUAACUUAAUGGUGCCUUUUUCGUUCAUCAGUUUCUUCUGUCUGUCACUUCAGGAUUUCGCAAGUAAUUAAAAGAUAUUUUUGUGCGUAAAUUUAAAUCCUAAUCUUUAUAACUUGCCUUUACGGUUCAAACUUGAGUUUAGUUACCAUUGGAUGUACCCUACUGGAUUAUUUACUGAAGUUAUAGGCAUGUGCGAAGGAUUAUUCUAUACUUGAUGUCAGCGACUUUUUCAGUACUUUUUGGGAUCCCCAACAAACUUGAUUAGAGUCAUUCUUUGGAUAUCACGGGCCAACGCAUAAGCAUUUCAGAUGGUGAUCACUUCGUCUGUGGAGGAGAAGCCGCAGCCUUCUAACAGAAUGGUCGCAAACUUGCCGACCGAAUCCUGGAUUGGAAGCCCAGAUCAGAAUCGCUUCUUACCCCAGUCACACCUGCUACGGAAGCCGGCAAAAAGUGGAAGCAGCUCAGGAUGCAAGCCCCCCUCCUCUACCCUCUGCCAGCCUGCCGCCUUGGGCUUCUCCCCCGCUGAGCCAACCAUGUCGAGCCAGCACAGCCACCCCUCCUUCAGUAACAUCCACUCCAUGGCCGACCAGCAGCAGGUGCUGUCAGAUAUGACCAUCCUGCAGAGGAGGAUUCCCCCGAGUUUUCGAGAUCCCGCCAGCGCCCCGCUACGAAAACUCUCAGUCGAUCUCAUCAAGACAUACAAGCACAUCAAUGAGGUGUAUUACACGAAGAAGAAACGGCGAGCCCAGCAGGUUCCGCCUGAGGACUCCAGCACCAAAAAAGAGCGCAAGGUGUACAAUGACGGCUACGAUGAUGACAACUAUGACUAUAUUGUGAAAAACGGGGAGAAGUGGCUGGACCGCUACGAGAUCGACUCACUUAUUGGCAAGGGCUCCUUUGGACAGGUGGUGAAAGCCUAUGACCACCAUGAGCAGGAGUGGGUGGCCAUCAAGAUCAUCAAGAACAAGAAAGCCUUCCUGAACCAGGCCCAGAUUGAGCUGCGGCUUCUUGAGCUCAUGAACAAACACGACACUGAGAUGAAGUACUACAUAGUCCACUUAAAAAGGCACUUCAUGUUCCGUAACCACCUGUGCCUGGUGUUUGAGCUUCUCUCCUACAACCUGUACGACCUCCUGCGUAACACCAACUUCCGUGGCGUCUCGCUCAACCUGACGCGCAAGUUCGCUCAGCAGCUGUGCACGGCGUUGCUCUUCCUGGCCACGCCCGAGCUCAGCAUCAUCCACUGCGACCUCAAGCCUGAGAACAUCCUCCUUUGCAAUCCCAAGCGCAGUGCCAUCAAGAUUGUGGACUUUGGCAGUUCCUGCCAGCUAGGACAGAGGAUUUACCAGUACAUCCAGAGUCGGUUUUACCGCUCUCCUGAGGUGUUGCUGGGUAUGCCGUACGACCUGGCUAUAGACAUGUGGUCCCUGGGCUGUAUCCUGGUGGAGAUGCACACGGGCGAACCGCUCUUCAGCGGCUCCAAUGAGGUGGACCAGAUGAAUAAAAUAGUGGAGGUGCUGGGGGUCCCGCCCAACCAUAUGCUGGAUCAGGCCCCUAAAGCACGCAAGUACUUCGACAAGCUGUCCGACGGCCUGUGGACCGUCAAGAAGAACAAGGACAUUAAGAAGGUACUUUAUCCUUCGGCCUCUGAAUAUAAACCACCUGCCACGCGACGACUGCACGAGAUCCUGGGGGUGGAGACGGGAGGUCCAGGGGGGAGGCGAGCUGGAGAACAGGGCCACGCGCCCUGCGACUACCUGAAGUUCAAGGACCUGAUCCUGCGCAUGCUGGACUACGAUCCCAAGACGCGCAUCACGCCCUUUUACGCGCUGCAGCACAACUUCUUUAAGAAGACGACGGAUGAAGGCACCAACACCAGCAGCUCCACCUCCACCAGCCCUGCCAUGGACCACAGCCACUCCACCUCCACCACUAGCUCCGUCUCCAGCUCUGGUGGAUCUAGCGGUUCUUCCAACGACAACCGAAAUUACCGGUACAGUAACCGGUACUACAACAGUGCAGUCACUCACACAGACUACGAGAUGCAGAGCCCACAAGCUCCGUCUCAACAGCAGUUGCGCAUCUGGCCAGGAGGGGACAGCAGCAUGGGUCAGCUGUCCAACAGCGGCAGCGACUCCUCCUACCCGCAGCUGCUGUUGCACAAGCCUGCAGCCACGCAGCACUCGCGCCACUUCCUGGGCAACAUGGGGGGCAUGAUGGAGCCGCACCAUCCCCACCCCAUCUACGGCAGCCACCACAGCAACGGCAGACAGCUCCGGCAACAGCAGCAGCAGCAGAACCAGCCGCAGGGCCAGGCCUCACAGGGCCAGCAGGGCCCAGCGCUGAUGCCCGUCUCCUCCCCGCAGAUGCAGGACAGCAUCGAGCUCAGCCUCACCCACCACCACCACCUGGGUCAGUCUUCCAUCAUGCAGCCGCCCCCGUCGAGCUUGGACUCCAGUCAGUACGGCUCCUCCAACCUCCACCUGGGCCUCUCUGCCUUUCGGACUAGGACAGUCAUGGCCCCCCAGCAGCCCCCUUCCGCUUCCCAGCAACAGUUGCCCCAGGCCCCAGCCUCCCAGGACAGCAUGGUCGCUGCCUCCGGUUUGGGAUACAUCCCUCCGUGCUACGCCGGCAGCAACAACAAUAACAACCCGCCGCAGGGAAGCGUCGGAGUGGGGGGAAUGCUCACCGGGGGGCCCCCGCCCAGAGGAGUCGGGGGAGCUGGGGGGCGGCCGGACUCCGAGGAGUCCGCCAUGAUGGCAGUGUGCGGCAGCGGGAGUGGGAGCGGUCAGAGUGCAGCCAACUCUUGAUAAAUCUUGAACAAAUUCCAAAAGCCAUACGAAAAUUUUAACGACAACAUAACAGUGACAAAAGCGCCACACGUACACACACACACACACACGACACGUAGUAAACGUACAACACACACAUACACGCGCGCGGCCACAUGUAACAGAAUCGCAGAGAAAAACUUGUGAAAUAUCAGACAGUUGAUUUUUCGUUUUUUCGUUUCGUUGUUUUGGUUUUGCAUGGGGAGAAGGUCAAGGGAGGGAUUUGAAACUAUUUUUAUCGUUAUUUUUCUGUUUGUUUGUUUGUUUUUCUUUAAUUGAAGGAGAAGAGCAGCGAGCGAAGUAGUCGCAACGGAAGGUUUCAGAACGUUUGUUAUUUGAUUUUAUGUGAUUUCAGGACAGGUUUGCAGCCAGAGAUUUUUAUUUGCCGUUUUUUGGAGCGAGGAGAGGAGAGUUUUGUGUUGAAAAAAAUUGAAUGUUUUUGUCAAGACGACAGCAGCGGGAGAGAGUACCUUACGCUUUUUUUUUUUACUUUUUUUUUGGUUUGUUUUUUUUUGUUUUUUUUCCUGGUUUUGCCGUAAUUGUACAUUUUUAAUUUAUUAAGAAUCACUACAUAAAGAGAGAUGGGAGAAGGGGUUAGAAAGAGAUCUAAAUUGAGAGGUGGGUAUUUUUGGGUUUAUUUAUUCAAUGUUUUAUUUAUACAGUUCUUUUUUUGGGGCUCAGACAGAUGAUACUUAUGCAUAGAAAACAACAAGCAAACAAACUGGGUUUGAGGUUUUUUUUUUUCCUUUCUUGGCUUCAUUUUGUUGUUUUUUGGUUGCUUUUUUCUAGUUGAGCAUAACCCACACACAAACACACACACACAGGACAUACACUCACACAUUUUUGUUACUUUUUUUUAAUGUUUCCAGUCUUUAUCUCGCUUGACACACUGGCUUAUAUAUCUCAAACUAUGAAACAAAUCCUACGAAUGAAAUAAAGCAAAUGACAGAAACUGUUUUUAGUCGCCACACAGUGAGAAACACCAACUAACAACUAGAGGAGGAGGCUGAAUCAUGAGCCGCUUUCACGAGGAGAGGGGGAACGUAACUCGACUUCACAUAAAGGAGGAAGUGAUACAGGAAAGUCUUGAAAAACAUCAAAACAUUUUGCCAGAAGGAAAACCAAAAUGCUUCCCUGUUGUUCGUUUCAAAAAAUAGUCUGCCUUCUUCUUCUUCUUCACCAUCUCACUAGACUCUCUCUCUCUCACCCCUCUCUUACUUUGGUUUCUGUCUUUUUCUCUCUUUUUUCUAACCCUCUUUGUUUUGGACAGAAAACUAUGAAAGCGUUAACACAUUUGUAUUAACUCUGGAUAUGCUAAGCCAAAUCUUGCUGUAGCUCUCUCUCUCUCUCUCUUCUCUCUCUCUUCUCUCUUUAUUUUCUUGCUUACCCCAUGUUUCUGUUGGAAGGAAGAGUCUGGGGCGACAUUUAGCGGGAGGGCGGAAUACUUCAGUAUGAAGGGACACUGUCACGCCCUCCUGACUGCAGCCCCUCCCACUCUGACUUCAUUUCCUGCCUCUCAUUUUGCUUUCUCUUGUCUUUAUUCUCCCCCUCCUCCCCUUCCUCCUUCACAACACUCUGUGAGUGCUGUUUGCCAUCAAGUCAAAAAAAGUGAACUACUUCUCUCUCGGCUGCUAUCUCCACUCUCAACCAUGUUCGGAUUGCUGCUAAAGAAAACAGACAGAUAAAUAAAUAAAUGAAUAAAUAAAUAAAUAAAUAAAAAUGAGAACUUUUUAACCCUCCUGCUUCAGAAAAAUGAAAAAUAAACCACUGCAUCUCAUGUAUUUAUUACUAUUUAACAAGGAAAAAAGAAAAAAAGAAAAAUCUGUUUUCUGCUGUUUUUUUGUUUGCUUUCUUUCUUGGUACAGGUUAAAGCUUGACAUUUAUAUUAUGUAACGGAAACAUGGUAUUAAACAAGUGCCUCGAUUUAUUGGUCAGCCACUGGACGGAAUUGAACAGAAGAGGAUUAUAGGAGUUUGAUCAAGGUUUAUUAUAUGUAUAGCUAAAAUUCAAGCCUCCUGCAACUGUGUAGAAAUCCAUGACAAUUCAAACAUCAUGUGAGAACUUCAUAUUGGAUGCGAGCCUCAUUCAGUAUGACUGACCAAUACCAUAUAUUUAAUUAACUGAUGACAUCUUCAUCCAUUGUAAUCUGUGUACAUAGCAUCCAUGCAUCAUCCAGUUAACGUUAAAGCAAUGUUAGGGUGAAAUGUCAUUUUCAAGGUUAAUUCUAAUGACUGGGAUUCGAACCUGCAACCUUUGAGGCAUCAGGACCUGCAAACUACCUUAUUCUGCUCAGAUCAGUGAUGAUGACUGCUGUCCUUUAUGUUCUUAAUAACCAGUUAAAACUUGUAAUUGGCCUCACUGGCUUCUUUACUUUGUCAUUUUUUUCAACAUCAUCCAUCAUGAGAACAUAAUGUCUGAAGUAUUAUGAUAUCAUCAGUUUUGGUUUCUUUAUUAAAGAGAGAGUUGCCUCUGUA